AUGGCUAAGAAGCAAUUUAAUACAAAGAGGUAUAAGUUCCCAUUACCAAUCCAUCCUAUUGACCGGAAUGCGCUGCCGGUGGUGAGUCAAUAUAAUCCGAUAUCAUGGUUGCAAUGGCUAUAUUGCUUGUAUGCAAACACCAACCUGCUUCCGAAGAAGCUGACUUUGACGAUUAGAAAAGAUGAACAAGGUUGGUGCCAUUUACUAGUUGAAGAUGAACAAGAUAUGAAAUAUCUGUGGAACAAUGGGUUCUUUGGCACUGGCCAGAUGUCCAGAAGUGAACCCACUUGGAAGUUCAGAACCGAGAAGAGACUAAAAGUUAAUGAUGCUGGCGAUAAACCAUCAGGUACUAUGGAUUUAGAAAAGGUUACUGAGAUCAGGAGAAUACAAAGACUUGCCUUCAAGAAAGAGAGACUUAGACUGGAAGGUGAGCUAUCUGAAUCAAGGUCUCAGAAUAUAUCAGCAGAACAAGAAACCCAAAUCAUAGAGGAGCAUAGAGAGAAACUUCGUGUGUUUAGAAGUGAUCAAUUGAAGGAACUUAAUAAUUUGAAAUUGACUGCCCCAGAGACUAGGGAUGAAGACUUAGAACUUUAUGAUGAUUCUGGCGAGAUCAGAUCUCUAGAAUCGAUGGAAUUAAUGCCAGUAGAGGCAAUAUUCCUGACUUUCGCAUUGCCAGUAUUAGAUAUCAAAAUAAAUGACCUAAUAAAGCACUUUGAAUUUCAACAUAUUGAAGAAUUGAAGGUAUUAGUACGAAAAUAUGCGGCAUACCACCACUAUCGAUCACUCAAGUGGUGUGUACGGUCGGGAAUAAAGUUUGGGUGUGAUUAUCUUCUAUACAAGAGAGGCCCACCAUUCCAGCAUGCGGAGUUUGCAAUAAUGGUAUUGGACCACACAGAAAGCCACGACUAUACUUGGUAUUCAAGUGUUGCGCGUGUUGCGAGUGGUGCCAAGAAGACCUUAAUCCUCUGUUAUAUAGACGACCAAGGACUCACUAAUGAGACCCUUCUAGAUCUAUGGCAUCAGGGGAACUUGGUAAAACUACUCCAACACUUCAAAGUAGCAGAAGUUACAUACAAAAGAUGGAUACCCGGUAAAAACAGAGAUUAA